AUGGUGCACCCUAAUGUUGUCCUCAAAUCUAUUGUGUGUACGGGUGCCAAAAUGGUUGAAAUCAAGUUUGAUGUUGGCAAGCAAUUUAUAAAUGAACGUAAGUUUAUUUUUCGUUAUUAUAUGCUUCAAUGGUUCUGCACUGAGGAUGCCAAAUUGAGGUUUGACAUUGUAAUCAGAAGGUCAGAUAAUGGUUUAGAUAGAAGGAAUGAAUUUGUGACACUAAGAUGCGAAAGAUGUGACAAGUACACAAAUCAUAUCCGAAAGUUGAAAAGGGACGAUAUCGGUUCGUGGAAAUAUGAGUGUCCUUUUAAGUUGCGUGGAUACCUUAUGGCGAAUAAUACAUGGACAUUUAAUGUGAUUUGUGCACUACUACGUAAAUGUCCUGGUAAGGUAAUGGGUGGUAGUGAGUAUUCUGCUUUCCACCAUGAGCAUAUGAUUGUGGUGAUAAACUAUAUCGCGCGUUACAUAUCACAUUGA